UUAAAGCAAGUUAUUGCGUUGCAUAGCACGCACAAAUUUAGUAGCGCCUUUUCAAAUAGUCAAACUGUUUAGCUAAACGUGCCGAGAUCACCAUGUACAAUCCUGGCUACCAGGUGGACGUCAUCGAUCCAUACUACCCACCGCCAGUGGAAGUAAUCGAAGUAAUGCCACCACCAAUGGUGCAACCACCCUAUGUUCAACCCGCCGUGGUGGUCACACAACCUCAGACAGUCUAUGUGGAGGAUUCACAAGGAAUAACAAGAGAUCAGAUGGAUUGCUGUCUCAUGCUGGGCGCCUGUUGUGUCAUGGAGGAAGCGGGCUGCGUAAUUUUAUAAAGUAAAUCUAAGGCUUAAAAGUGUGUCAAGUGUUUAAGGAAAUUCUUAUGUAAAUAUAAAUAUUAUCGAAAUCAAAAAAAAAAAAAAGAA